AACAUCUUGUAAAAAAGAUGAAGAAGCUCGUUUUUCUCUUAUUUUCUAUCCAUCUUGCCUUUGCCGUAAUUGGCAGACAUCACAGAGACAGUAGUUUCUUGAAUCAUGUGCAACUGGUACACGAGUUUCGAUGCUCUGCGCCACAGCCAAGAGCCGUGCCAGUAGAAGAACUUUUAACUGUUGGCCCCAGCCCGGACGAAGUUUUUUACCCUGCCUCUACCGUUCUAAUGCGUUGCAACGGAGCUGGAUGUUGUCCGGAUCCUAAGCAAAUUUGCGCACCGAUCGAGACCAGAAACGUCAGUCUCGUCUUUAUGGUGAAACACACGAUCGAUCGACAACGUGACAGGCAUCAUGAAGUAGUGCACGCCUUGGAACACACGAAAUGUGGGUGCGUUGACAAGAAAAUGAUUAAGUUCGAUUGAUUAAAACAUUUGUCUUAAGACAAGCGACGAGGCAUUGAACAAAGUGUUUGUUGUUAAGAGAAUAUAUUACGUAGUUGCUUAGUUCCUAAUUAGAAAGAUGGGAAUGUACCAAAAUUACUUUUUACAAUUGCGUAAUUAUAUGACAUAGUUAUAGAAUAGAUAUGUAAGUUCCUCUAUUUAAUCAUUCUUCAGAAUUAGCGACUGUGAUAUUUUUUUAUUAUAACGUAAUACAGAGCACUGCACGUUUUUCUUUUUUGUAUUGAAUUAAUAAAUGUUUUCAGAUAAAUUAUCUAUUUCAACCGCAUGUUUUAUUUCGUUACGAGCUCCCUACGAACAAAUAGCUUUCUACCGGCUUCGAUCAAACAAA